AUGGUUGACGACGAGAUCGUCGAAACGGACAAAGUGCCUCCCGGUUUCCCGUCUAUCGCGCCGCCGCCUAGCACCAUGGUGGUGGAGGUGGGCCACACGGCCACGCUCCCUUGCCAGGCGACGGGCAGCCCAGCGCCCAGGGUGCGCUGGCUCUGGAACUCGCUGCCGCUGGACGUCGCUUCGAAUCCGAGAUACGCCCUGCUCAACGACAAGAUGCACGGUACGCUACAAAUUGUGAAGAGUGAGGAAGAGGAUCAGGGCAAAUUCGAGUGUGUAGCGGAAAAUGCGAUUGGCACGGAGUUCUCCAAGCCCACCUCGCUUUACGUGAAAGUGAGGCGAGUCGCGCCGCAGUUCUCGAUACCACCGCCCCCGAAAACGGAAGUGAUGCUGGGCGGCAAUCUCACACUGAAGUGCGUCGCCUUCGGAUCGCCGAUGCCAACCGUGAAAUGGAGGAAAGGUCUCACCAAGUGGCUGACACCGGAGGACAACCCACCCCUUGGCGUUAAUACGCUGAUCCUGGAAGACAUUAGGGAUUCGGCGAACUACACUUGCGAAGCGGCAAGCGUACUGGGAGUCAUCGAAGCGACGGCGGAGGUGAAAGUGCAGUCACUGCCAAGCGCACCCACGGACGUGAGGGAAUCAGAGGUGACCGCAACAACAGUACGCCUGGCGUGGACCUACAACGGACCCGAAGAACCCCAGUACUACGUCAUACAGUACAAACCCAAAUACGCAAAUCAAGCAUUCAGCGAAAUAUCAGGUGUCAUCACUCAAUACUAUUCGGUGACAAACCUGUCGCCUUACACCGAGUACGAGAUGUACGUGAUUGCGGUCAACAACAUCGGCAGGGGUGCCCCUUCCGCACCGAAAGUUAUCACCACUGGGGAAACGGAGCCCGGUUCAGCGCCGCGUAACGUCCAAGUUCGUCCACUCAGCUCUAGCACAAUGGUCAUACAAUGGGAGGAACCCGAGACGCCCAACGGCCAGGUGACGGGUUAUAAAAUAUACUACACGACGGAUCCCUCUCAACCGCUUCAAUCGUGGAAUUCUCAGAUGCUGGACAACAGCCACCUGACAACUAUCAACGAGCUGACCCCCCACACGGUGUACACGAUAAGGGUGCAGGCGUUCACCUCAGUAGGGCCCGGACCGGUCUCCGCCCCCGUCCAAGUGAAGACGCAACAGGGAGUGCCGUCGCAACCGUCCAACCUGGUGGCCGUAGAGGCGGGCGAGACCUCUGUGACGUUGCAAUGGAAGCAGCCAAUGCACGCCGGCGACCACAUCGUCUCCUACGAGCUCUACUGGAACGACACCUACGCCAAAGAACACCACCGGAAACGGAUACAAAACACGGAAACCUACACGCUGAACGGCCUGUACCCGAACACGCUGUACUACAUCUGGCUAGCGGCGCGGUCGCAACGCGGCGAAGGCGCCACCACCCCGCCCAUUGCCGUGCGAACGAAACAAUAUGUUCCCGGCGCGCCGCCAAUGAAUGUGACCGCGGUGGCGAUAUCGCCCACCGCGAUCCGGGUCACGUGGCAGCCGCCGCCCGCCGAGAGGGCGAACGGCCGCAUCGCCUACUACAAGCUGCUCUGCGUCGAGUCGGGCCGGGGCGACUCUGAGGCGACCGUGGUCCGUCUGAACCGCACCGAGUUCGUGCUGGACGAGCUGCGCCGCUGGACCGAGUACCGGGUGUGGGUGCUCGCCGGCACCAGCGUGGGCGACGGGCCCGCCUCGUACCCGGUCGCGGUGCGGACGCACGAGGACGUGCCCGGCGAGCCUCAGGACGUGAAGGUGACAAACAUCAACUCCACGUCGAUACACGUUACUUGGAAGCCACCGCAAGAGAAGGAAAAGAACGGCAUCAUAAGGGGCUUCCAUGUGCACGUUCAAGAAAUGAGGGAAGAGGGCAAGGGUCUGCUUAACGAUCCGAUGCGUUUCAACGUAAUGGACGACACGACGACGGAACUGAACGUUACCGGUCUGCAGCCCGACACUCGUUACAGCGUCCAAGUGGCCGCGCUGACCAGGAAGGGCGACGGCGACCGUAGCCCGCCAGUGUUGAUCAAAACACCCGGCGGUGUGCCCAACAAGCCCACCGUCAACAUCAAAGUUCUGGAGCGAGAUCCGAUUGUUUCUGUAGAAUUGGAAUGGGUUAAACCCACUCAAACCUACGGUGAUUUGCUGGGCUAUCGACUCAAAUACGGGAUUAAAGGUCAAAAGUUGGAUGAAGAAAACUUUGGCAUUAAGGUUAGCUCGUACAGGCUAACGGAUAUGGAAAGAGGUGUACAAUACGAGUUUAGACUGGCUGGAAGAAAUAAUAUCGGUGUAGGUCAAGAGAAUAUAAAGUAUUGGCUAACACCCGAAGGGGUACCGAAAGGACCACCAACGAAUGUUACAUAUCAUUUUCAAACACCCGACAUCGUCAGCGUAACGUGGGAGCCGCCUAUUAGAGCGGAUCGCAGUGGCCAAAUUAAAAAGUAUGAUAUUCAAUUCUACAAAAGGGGCGAUCAGGCAUCCCUAGUAGAGAAAACGACAGAAUCGACCAAAGCUGUGUUCACCGGUUUAGAAGAAGACGCCCAUUACGUUUUUAAAGUACGAGCUUAUACCGAUCAAGGGGCUGGACCUUACAGUAAAGACGUGAUUGCCCACACCGAAAGGGAUAUCGGACGAGCGCCUAUGUCGGUCAAAGCAGUUGCCACAUCGGAGUCGGGAAUCGAAGUCUGGUGGGAAACAGUACCAUCGAGAAGAAAGGUGAUCGGAUACGUCAUUUUCUACACAAUGACGCCCGUGGAGGAUUUGGACGAAUGGCAUCAGAAGACGGUUCAUGUAACGCAUUCCGUAGAUAUCGAAAACUUGGAAAAAUUUGCCGAGUAUGCUAUUGCGGUAGCUGCAAAGACAGCUGAUGGAUUAGGAAGAUUGUCGGAAAAGGUCACUGUGAAGGUUAGGCCUGAAGAAGUACCUUUACACCUGAGAGCUCAAGAUGUGUCUACGCACUCUAUGACGCUGUCAUGGUCACCGCCCUUACGCUUAAACCCUAUUAGUUAUAAGAUUUCUUAUAAUGCCAUCAAAGAGUUUGUCGACUCGCUCGGUAUGACACAAACGCAGGAAAUUCCAAGGCGAGAAAUAAUUAUAAAACACGAUAAAACGUCGCAUUCAAUUAAUGAUUUAUCGCCAUUCACAACGUACAAUGUCAACGUGAGCGCCAUUCCCAACGAUGAGUCGUACAGGCCGCCGACCAAAAUUACCGUAACGACUCAAAUGGCGGCACCAAAGCCGAUGGUCAAACCGGACUUUUAUGGUGUGGUUGAGAAUGAAAUACUCGUAAUCCUACCACAAGCCUCGGAGGAAUAUGGCCCCAUUUCGCAUUAUUAUUUAGUCGUAGUCCCCGAUGACAAAGCGCACAACCACAAGCAUCCUGACCAGUUUUUAACGGAAGAUCUGAUCAAAAAUAAUGCCCGAACAGAUGACGAAAAUGCCCCGUACAUCGCCGCAAAGUUCCUACAGAGAAAUAUUUUGUACACUUUCCACCUCGGAAACGACGAAUUGUACGAAGGUUUCCUCAACAGAAAAUUAAAUCCGAGCAAGAAAUACAGAGUAUUUGUUAGAGCUGUUGUUGAUACGCCACAAAAACAUCUUUACACGUCUAGUCCGUUUUCGGAAUAUCUAUCGUUGGACAUGCGUGAAGCGCCGCCGGGUGAAGAGCCGAGUCGACCAGAUCCGAAAGACAUUAACGGCGAUCCAGAAAUAAGGAUUGAAGAAAAUAGAAAAGAGGCUGGCAUGCUCUGGGUGAUCGGGCCAAUAAUUGCUGCUUUAAUGCUGUCUCUUUGUUUAGUGCUAUUGUUCAUUAUGAAGAGACGCCGUCAACCAUGCAAAACCCCAGAUCAGACAGCCGUAACCAGACCACUGAUGUCUGCUGAUGUCGGUUUCGGUGCACCCUCGGAUCCAGUUGAAAUGAGACGUUUGAAUUUCCAAACUCCAGCAAUGAUUUCUCAUCCACCUAUUCCCAUAUCAGAACUCGCAGACCACAUUGACAGGCUAAAAGCUAACGACAACCUGAAGUUCUCCCAAGAGUACGAGAGUAUCGAGCCCGGCCAGCAAUUCACUUGGGACCAUUCGAACAUGGAAGUGAAUAAGCCAAAGAACCGGUAUGCCAACGUAAUCGCAUACGAUCACAGCCGUGUCAUUUUGCAGCCGAUCGAUGGGAUACUAGGGAGCGAUUACAUCAAUGCCAACUAUUGCGACGGUUAUAGAAAGCACAACGCUUACGUAGCGACACAGGGGCCUCUGCAGGAGACCUUGGCCGACUUCUGGCGGAUGUGUUGGGAACUGCGCACUGCCACGAUUGUCAUGAUGACUAAGCUGGAGGAGAGGACGAGGAUAAAGUGCGACCAAUAUUGGCCAAGCAGGGGCAGCGAGACGUACGGCAUGAUGACCGUGACCAUUGCGGAAGUCCAGGAGCUGGCCACUUAUUGUAUCCGCACGUUCCAAAUAACUAGGAACGGUAGCACCGAGCGCCGGGAGAUAAAGCAGCUACAGUUCACCGCUUGGCCUGAUCACGGCGUUCCUGACCAUCCCGCACCAUUCCUGCAAUUCCUGAGACGUGUUCGCGCUUUGAAUCCUCCCGACGCUGGUCCUCUUGUGGUUCACUGCUCGGCUGGAGUGGGCCGAACCGGUUGCUUCAUCGUCAUCGACUCUAUGCUCGAGCGCGCCAGACACGAGCGGACCGUCGACAUCUACGGGCACGUGACUUGCCUGCGCGCCCAGCGUAACUACAUGGUGCAGACCGAGGACCAGUACAUCUUCAUACACGACGCGUUACUGGAGGCGGUCAUCUGCGGCGACACCGAAGUGCCGGCGCGCAACCUGCACGCGCACAUCCAGAAGCUGAUGCGCGUCGACACGAUAGAGAACAUCAACGGAAUGGAGCUGGAGUUCAAGAAGUUGGCGAACAUGAAGGCCGACUCGAGCCGCUUCGUGUCGGCAAGCUUGCCUUGCAACAAGCAUAAGAACCGGCUGGUGCACAUAUUGCCCUUCGAGUCGACCCGCGUGUGCCUGACCCCACGCGACGGCUCGGACUACAUCAACGCGUCGUUCGUCGACGGUUACAGAUACAGGGCCGCUUACAUCGCCACCCAGGGCCCAUUGCCCGAUACGACGGACGACUUCUGGCGAAUGCUGUGGGAGCACAACUCCACAAUCAUCGUGAUGCUGACCAAGCUGAAGGAAAUGGGACGGGAGAAAUGCCAUCAGUACUGGCCGUCCGACCGCUCCGUUCGCUACCAGUGCUUCGUCGUCGAUCCGAUCGCUGAAUAUAAUAUGCCGCAGUACAUCUUGAGGGAAUUCAAGGUAACGGACGCCCGAGAUGGCGCCUCGCGGACGGUGCGCCAGUUUCAAUUCACCGACUGGCCGGAGCAAGGGGUGCCCAAGAGCGGCGAGGGAUUCAUCGACUUCCUGGGCCAGGUGCACAAGACCAAGGAGCAGUUCGGCCAGGACGGCCCCAUCACCGUCCAUUGCAGUGCGGGCGUGGGCCGCACGGGCGUCUUCAUCACGCUGUCGACGGUGCUCGAGCGCAUGCAGUACGAGGGCGUGCUCGACGUGUUCCAGACGGUGCGCACGCUGCGCACGCAGCGCCCCGCCAUGGUCCAGACCGAGGACCAGUAUGAAUUCUGCUACCGCGCAGCGUUGGAAUACCUCGGCUCGUUCGACCACUACGUCAAC